GAAAAUAUACUACAACUAACGGGCCCCACUGUUGAAACUUUUUUCCUGCACUUAAUAAAACGGCCACUCCGCUCACUUUUUUCUUUCGAACCCUCGUCUGAGGUUUUCAUCCAAAUCCAUUCCACAACGAUUCACUCCGUCACUUCAAAUUCAUCUCUUCGCUAAUUCUUCCACCACCCAUAUUCACACUCACUGCACCCGACGCCAUUAGAAGCCCUCGCAAAAACCCCAAUUUUCUGAUCACCACAACCCCUCUUUUUCAUUUUUUUUGAUUUUCUCCCUAAAACCUUUCACAUAGCGGGAGCUCAGGAUUCCCGGAUUAUAGCGCCAAGAGUCUUUUUGAAAUUAUUUGGCAAAGAAUAUAAGGAUUUAUUCGUUGUUAUUGUAAUAAACUUUUGGUUCGAGGGUUUAAAGAAACUAAAAUGGAUAAGAAGAAAGUUCUUGUGCCGCUUGUCUGCCAUGGUCAUUCGCGGCCUAUUGUGGAUUUGUUUUACAGCCCGGUUACUCCUGAUGGCUUCUUCCUUAUUAGUGCUAGCAAAGAUUCUAGUACAAUGCUAAGGAAUGGUGAAACAGGGGAUUGGAUCGGGACAUUUGAAGGGCACAAGGGUGCCGUCUGGAGUUGUUGCCUUGAUAAUCGUGCUAUGCGUGCAGCAUCAGGAUCAGCUGAUUUUAGCGCAAAAAUAUGGGAUGCUUUGUCAGGAGAUGAGUUGCACUCUUUUGUUCAUAAGCACAUUGUUCGAGCAUGUGCUUUUUCCGAGAGCACAACACUUCUUCUCACCGGAGGAUUUGAGAAAAUACUUAGGAUUUUUGAUUUGAACCGUCCUGAGGCACCUCCAAAGGAAGUUGACAAUUCUCCUGGUUCGAUCAGGACGGUAGCAUGGCUGCAUAGUGAUCAGACCAUAUUGAGUUCAUCUUCUGAUUCAGGAGGAGUGAGGCUAUGGGAUCUGAGGACGGAAAAGAUUGUCCGCGUUUUGGAGACUAAAUCUCCAGUCACAAGUGCAGAAGUGAGUCGAGAUGGAAGAUAUAUUACGACUGCAGAUGGAAACAGUGUAAAGUUUUGGGAUGCCAACCAUUUUGGGAUGGUGAAAAGCUACUCAAUGCCAUCUAUGGUGGAGUCUGCUUCAUUAGAACCUACGAUGGGCAAUAAGUUUGUGGCUGGUGGAGAAGAUAUGUGGGUUCGCCUCUUUGAUUUUCACACUGGAGAGGAAAUUGUGUGUAAUAAAGGACACCAUGGUCCAGUUCAUUGUGUUCGGUUCUCUCCUGGAGGUGAAUCAUAUGCCUCUGGUUCUGAAGAUGGAACAAUUAGAAUAUGGCAGACUUUGAACACAAACCAUGAUGAAAGUGAAAGCCAUGGAGUGAAUGGACUGAGCAGCAAAGUGAAAGUGGGUGAUGAUGUUGUACGGAAGAUAGAAGGAUUCCAAAUCACAUCAGAUGGCCAUGCAAGUGAGAAGAUAGAGAAGGCCAAUACAUAGAAAAUUAGUGAUGUGUAGUAUUGGUUGUUGGAGUGUCCAGAAUAUAAGGUUUGCAGCUUUUGUAUUUUCAAAAAUUUGUUGCUGAUUUUGUGGCAAAUCAAACAUCAUGGGAAUCGUGCAUAAUUGUAUAUAUACACGAUGAGGUCUAAGUUGUGGGAUUAUUACGCAUCUGCAGGUCGUUUUUUCAAGUUCCUGGGGAUUGGCAUGGUUGAAGGUUAUCAGUAAGGGUCAGAUAGUUUUGGUUAUCUUAACACUAUUGAGCAUUUCUAUGCCAAAUGUUUUACAUGAGUUCUAAAAUUUAAAUUGUAUCUUUAAUGAAAGGUAGGAAGGUGAUCAAAAUUUAAUCUAUAACUGAAGAAAUAAAGUUAACCUUGGUCUGGGUCUGGUAUACAUUUUAUAUUAUUAUUGCA